AUGAAAUUAUUACUGACGGGUCUUCUAGCUGGUCUCUCAUCACCCCAGGGGAUAUCUGAAUCUCUUGUAGCUUCCUCUUCUCGAAUUCACUGGAGGAGAAGCUUAUAUUGCAACAUGCUCCUCCAGCAGGUUUUUCUCUUUUGUUCUCGGACCGAAUGGCGAAUGGCAAAUAAGACGCUUAAAGAUGUCAGGAGUACGCUGGCCGAGCUCGGAGACUCAGUAAGCGAUGAUAUCAAGUGUCUGGCUGAAUAUGCACGCGGCAUAAUCUACCAAGCAGUCGGCGACAUCGAAGCUGCCAUGGCUACCUUCCAACAGCCCAUGUUUUCUCUGUCCCAGGCCACCAACAAGAUCCCACGAAGCAACCCUCACCGUGAUACCAUAAGCCUAGCCAACUUGAAUCUUGUGCUUCUUUUGAGAGACCCUUCAAAAGCAGAUCACUCUCUUGCUUCAGAAACACUGAGCAUUCUCGGCCCACAUUGUCAGAAUAGCCCCAAUAAAUACAUCCGGGCAGCUCAUUCUCUUAUAAGUGCCACCGUGCAUACUGAAUCUACAAUUCAGACUAAACGUGAUCUUCACCAGGCGCUACAAGCGGCCACGGCAAUCCAAAAUUGCCAAAUAACCUGCAUCGCCCUGACGUUUAUGAGUUGGAAAUAUUUCCGUGGCGUGAUUGGUGAACAAUCUGAGAAGAGUGCUAUGGCAGCUAGAGCCAUGGCAAGAAAGGCAGAUGAUAAGUUAUGGAUGAGCGUUACGGAUGAUUUGCUAGCUGAAACAUUGGACAGACAAGGAAAAUCAGCCGAUGCCCAGACAUUGAGGGCCAAAGCCGAUAAAAAGUUGGAAGCAUUGCCACCGGCGUUAAAAAUGAACAGGCCUGAUGGGACUGAAAACAUAAAUCUAAGCACCAAAGGUGGUGCGUCGAAGAAAGAUGUCUAG